AUGCCAUCAAAGAAGGCUGAUGAGCAGUUUGCGAAUUUAAUCCGCCAAGGGGGCGAAAAUGACAGCAAUGACAACAUUUUGUCAUUUGCAAAAGGGGACAGAUUUGAGGUCUUAGACAGCAACAAACGCAGCAUAGAGUGGUGGGGUGCCAGAGCUCUGAAAGACAAUUCGGUUGGUUAUGUGCCAUCCAAGUACUUAAAGUAUGAAGAAAGGAGAAUUGGAAAACUCAACUCAGAAAGCAACGAUCACAAGAUCCUGAGAGAGAAGUCCCUGAAAAGACUUGCAGAUAUUCGACAAAGUGCCGAGUAUAAACCUCCAGAUGAGGUCUAUCCAGACAUUCCGUCGCCAGAUUAUGAUGCAUCAUCGGAUGAGGAAGAAAAUGAGAUAAAUUAUUCUAUAUCUAAAAAUGGUAGCCUUGAUACAUCUCUCAAUGGCCCAAGUGACGAUGAAUGCAUAGAGGAUGUAUGUCCUGCCCUACCAGAGCCUGACCCAGACUAUCUGUAUGAGGAGGAGGACAGUUUGGAUAGCCCAGUGCUGCGAGCAGGACGUCAAGAUGUGACAAUCAUUCAGGUGGGGAAUCGCAAUCACUCAGGAUCCACUGACUACGACGACAACAGAAUGACCUCUGAACACCACCACCGAGCCCGCUAUCCCUCAGAAUCUGAUGGGCAAGGACUUAUUUUACCAAAGAAACUUCCAAAUCCAUGUCUUGAAUCCAAGGAACGGACAGCACUACACCGAGAACUGCUGAUGAACAAUAAAUUAGGGAAAAAUGUGCUGAAAAAAUCAGAACUCCAGAAAAAAUUGAUGGAGAGAGAAGAUAUGAGAAAAAGGAAAGAAUUUGAGACAUACAAGUUACUAAAGAGAUCAAGUUUGGAGAUACAGCUUGAGGAACGGGCCAACAGACUUAAAAAGGAUGAGGCUGAAAAUAUGAAGUCAAUAUCCGAAGACACCUCCAACAGAUCUGAGUUUUCAAAAGUUCAUGCCAAAAUCACUGCACGGGCAUGUGACCAAUAAAUCCUACUGAUUCCUCAGUCCUGCCACAUUGAGGGAGACUAAUACAAGGGGAAAAACAGACACAGCAAAUGAAAAACAUCAUGAGCAUGGAUGAUGAAACUUAAACUGACCACCUUACUUUGGACAUUGGUGAACCUGCUUAGCGUGUGUGAUUAUUGUGACACCAGUGACUUUCCCACCUUGUUAUGAGCCUUAAAAAGCCAGGUAUAUGAAUGUCUGAGGUAUUCAUUAUCAUUUGCUUGAAGAAAAGUGACUCAAAUGAGCAAGAAUGUUUUCAUAAUAAUAACCCGGAUUGCAUUGUAGUUGACCUAUGACCUCCUGUCCUUAUUAAUUUGGUGCCUAUGAAGGGUGGGCUUUCUGGAUUUACUUGCACAUGACCAACAGGUAAUCCAUUCAACUUGUGCCUGAACUGAUACGCAAAUGGCAACAUGUUACACAGUAUUAUUGUUGUUUUCCUUCCUUCCCUUUGUAGCACUGAAUUGUAUACAGCUUCUUUGGUGUUAUCAUCAUUGUUUUGGGCCAGUCUUAAACUAACCUGUCCUUGUCUUAAAAGUUUAUUGUUUCUUGUUUUUGGUAGGCUUACAUGUAGAUGCAUGUAUGCCCUAGUCAUAUUUUAAACCACUUGAAUUAUUGAAGUGAAUAACCUUUUGUUCGGGAAGCUACUAUAUACUCUUUCUCCUGGUUUCACUUGAUCAGCAUUGGCACAGAUGAUCAUUGCUCAUUUAUAUUGUGAAGUCAAUUCAGGUCUGCUCUCAAAGUUUGAUCAGGUACAUGUAGAUCUCAAAAGCUGGACCCCACUAUUCAGCCAAUAUGAUUUGACACUGGCAUGAGCUCGGGUAAACUUUUUCUCCUAGAUAAAACUAUGCUGCUAAUCAGUUUUGUUGACUGGGAUUUGUUAGUGUGGGUCAAUCAUCUGUAACACGAUGUUCAAUGUAUAUCUGUAUAUGAAAGUGUAUACAUGUGCCUCUAUUAAAACGAUGGCUACUCACCUCAUUUUAAUGUAUGGGAAUAGAAAGGCGGUGGCAAAAGAGCAAAGAGCAGUGUUUCAUUUUUAGUUAUAAGUUAGGUAUGUUUUAUUGGCAUGUUCAUGAAGAAUACAGUAACAGUUGUACAUCUUGAAUGUUUAAUGGAAGCCGUGUUAUCAUAUUAUUGGGCAAUACUUAGUAAUAUUUGGUAAUAUAUUCAUGAGUUGUGUGUUGGCCAAGUCCCUGGGUUUCGGAUCACCAGUCCCCAGGUUUAGUUGUCAUCAUUAUUAAUGAUUUUGAUGUUUAUUAUGUGACAGAUGUCCCUCAGCUCUAAAUACUGUACUUCUAGACAAAUGUACCAGUAUGUAUUUAGUGUGUGCCUUGUUCCAUGUCAGUUUACCCUUCUGUUGUAUGCAUGCUUAUUUAGCUGUGCUUGUGGUUUGUUGAUAUUGUUAAGGCAUCUUUAUUCGACUAAAAACAUUUCUGUUGUUUGAACCAGAUAACUGCUUUAGACACAACAAUGAAAGUUAUAAUAUGCUACAGGUUUGAAAAUGUGGAAAAUGUUCUAGUCCAGAACUAUGGUCAUGUACUGUUGAAUUUCUUUGAACAUUUGUUCACUAUUACAAGAUAUGCUACUACUAUUAAAACCUUCAUAAAGCACCAAUAAAAUAAUUGAAUGUAAAGUUAUGCUCGCAUUAUACAUUUUCAUAUUUGAAAGAUCUAAGUAUUGCUUAGGUAAUGCGCAAUAUUGUUUUGAAAUACAUGUAUAGUGUAUCAGUUUCGUUUCCAGUGGUAAUAGUGUCUCGUCCACAAGGGAGACAACUUCUACAGUAUUACAUAUUAUGUGAUUUGAUGGUGUGUAAUUCUGUUUCUUUCUUUCUCUUAGUCCCUUUUGUUUUCUUGUUUGAAGCAACAUUUCCUGUCAGGAGGUUGUUCUAAUAAAACACAGUAUAAAUCUUGCUCUGUUUUAAAGUUUCAGAAUUGAGGUAUGCUACUUAGUAUUUAUUUUCCUGAAAAAAGGGGCUCAGAAAAAUUAUUUAGAAAGACUGCUAACUCCUGUAAUAUGGGCUUAAGCUCAUUGCAACUCUGCUGCUUUGUAUUUUUGCAAUUUCUAAUGAACAACAAGAGGAAUUUCGUCUUCUGGGGGUGCAGCAGAAUAAAAAUGAAUGUCAGUAAAUGUAAUAGUAAUAUUGCAUAAGCUGUAACAUGCAUUAAGUUUUAAAAUGCCAUGCAUAGCAUGAUGUGAAUAAAAGUUAAUUUAUGUAUGCAAGUAGAUCCAUAUAAAACAGAUAUUAUCAAAAUCAGAUGUAAACCUUGCUGGUAUUGUACAUUUGUACUUAAUCAUGGUUUGAGUUCUGGCUAUUCUGCCACUGUUCACAUGGCUGAAUUAACAUACAUAAUCAUGACAAAUGUGAGCUUUUGGGUGCAUUUACAUUAGAAUAGCGCUUCCAUAUACAUACAUGUAUUAGAAACCAAAUGACAACAUUGUUUUAUUUGUAUCUCAACUGGGCUUUCUGAAUUAUGAUGACAGUAUUUCCUAGCUGCAAAACACUGUUGCACAGAAAACCACAAAGUAUAGGUCCAUUCAGGUGCUAUGAAACCUCUUGCUGUGACCAAGGCCAUUAUGACUGCUUCUCUUUCACCGGUAAUUUCAAGCAAUAAACACUGAACACAAAAAAGUCAUUUCUGGUGUUCACACGUGUGUACCGGUAAUUAUAACAUGGUGAGAUACAAAAUGUGUUUGUUACACAUAUUGCAGACGAAACAACCCUGUUGUCUCACCACUGGUUGUGAAAAAAGAUUUGCUACAUAUAGCGAUACAUUUAUAAUACACGUAUAAUUUUAUAUAGAUCUUUCUCUCUCUCUCUCUCCACAAACAGGAUCUAAUCCACUCAAAAAUUAUGUGAUUCACAGGUAAACAAAUGUUGAUUUGGAAUUAAUAAUCGAUUUCAGUGUGUGGAAAAAUAUGUAUAUUUUUCUUCAUGUUUAUAGACCAUUUAAAAGAUUUUUAUAGUGGAUUACACAUGACAAAUACCCCACCCUCACCUCCUUUGUAAUAUUGCUAUAUUUAUGCCUUUUGGCUGUUGUACGCUACUUGCUUUUCCCAGCUAUUCAUAUAUCCUGUCUCAUUCAAAUCCCCUAUGAAUAUUAUGUUUUCUUGUUGUUCAUAGCAGCAUGUAUUUUAAGGGGGAGAAUUCCUUGUGUGGGUUAAUAAAUCUACAAUAAUUUUAACGUAACUGUAACUAAUUAGUAGUUGACACAGUGAUACCAGUGGCAUAUCUUAAACUUGUAUGCAAUUUUUGGCUGUUAUAUUACAAGUAUAUAUAUGUACAUUCACUGCCGGUAAUAUCCUCAGUUAUCUAUCUCCAGUAGUACAUUCCAAACAUAUACUUUAAUAUACAGUUUGAAAGGGAUACCUUUCCAUGAAAUCCAUGACAUUAUGAGGUCAAAUAUUCCUUAGUUAUGUAUACUUUCUUGUACUCUCAUAAAUCUCGUUAUCAAAUGAUGGUAUGAAACAUACCUUUUGAAAAUCACAUUCCUACUGACAUUUUUGCUUUUUUUAGUGAAAGGAAGUGUGAGCUGUGAAAAUAAAAAUUACAAACUUGAUCAGUAAUGCUGUGAUAGAUUUAACAGCACUUAACAAAUUAAUGUUAUAGAUUAAUUAAUUUAUAUUGUAUAUUGGGACCAAAAAGGAGGGAAUAAAAAUAAUUCCGUAAUUUGUGGAGUUUUGUGCAUGCCUAUAUCAUUCUCUUAGACAGGUCGGAUUGAUGUAGAGUAAUAUUUGUUAAGUUGUUUUCAUUAAAGCAAUGUCGGGUCAGAUUGGAUUAGAUGACUGAAGUAUAGUUGGCUUAAUUAAAUAGAACACACAUGGUGCUUAAUUGUAAAUUUCUGUCAUGUUUUGUUUCAAGGGGGUUAAAUCCACACCUUUUUAAUCAAUUUAUUGUUAUGUCACACUUAUUUUAAUGUUGUUAGCUCAUAUUUGACUUUUCUGUGCAAAUUAUUGAUAUUGUCUUUAUUCUGUGGACAUUGUGUUAAGUCACCAAUGGAACUGAUGGUGAGAAGGCACCUCUUGUAAACUAUCUAAUGAAUACAUAAUCAUCAGAAUAAAAAUGACCACCUUAUAGUGAUGUUUGUUUUGCUUCAUUCCCAUGAACUGUAAGGAGAGUUGUACGCCUUUGGAAAUAUUUAUGAAAAUUUGUUAGAGUAUUGAUCACCA